AAAAAUUGGGACGUGAGUGCUGCCCUCAGUGACUUUGAACAGCUACGUCAAGUCCAUGCUGGGUGCCUGCCCCUGGCCUUUAGUGAAGGGAGCAGUGGCUCCCAAACCCCUGAAAAGGGCUGUUCUGAUAGGGAGUGUGCUCGCCCUUCCCGACCCAGCUUGCAGCGGCAAGAUGACAUCAUUCAAGCUUCCAGAUCUCACCGUGUACAGCGAAGACUUCCGCAGCUUCAUAGAGAGAGACCUCAUUGAACAGUCCAUGUUGGUUGCCUUGGAGCAGGCAGGGCGUUUGAAUUGGUGGGUUAGUGUGGACCCCACCUGUCAGAGACUUCUUCCUUUGGCAACUACUGGAGAUGGGAACUGCCUCCUGCAUGCAGCUUCUCUUGGGAUGUGGGGUUUCCAUGAUCGGGACUUGGCACUGAGGAAAUCAUUGUAUGCACUGAUGGAAAAGGGAAUGGAGAAAGAAGCAUUGAAAAGGCGCUGGAGGUGGCAGCAAACACAGCAGAACAAAGAGUCAGGACUGGUAUACACAGAGGAAGAAUGGCAGAAGGAAUGGAAUGAGCUGAUCAAGCUUGCCUCAAGUGAGCCGCGAAUGCAUCUUGGUACCAAUGGAGCCAAUGGAGGAGGGGUGGAGAGCUCAGAAGAGCCUGUGUAUGAGAGCCUGGAAGAGUUCCACGUCUUUGUCCUCGCUCAUGUGCUCAAAAGGCCGAUAGUUGUGGUGGCGGACACCAUGCUGAGGGACUCUGGAGGGGAAGCAUUUGCCCCUAUUCCCUUUGGGGGAAUCUAUCUGCCCUUGGAGGUCCCCAUCAGCCAGUGUCACCGAUCCCCUCUGGUGCUCGCCUAUGAUCAGGCCCACUUUUCUGCACUUGUGUCCAUGGAGCAGAAGGAGAAUGCCAAGGAACAAGCUGUGAUCCCACUUACAGACUCAGAGCAUAAGCUGCUGCCCUUGCACUUUGCAGUGGACCCAGGAAAAGGCUGGGAGUGGGGCAAAGAUGACAGUGACAAUGUCCGAUUGGCCAGUGUAAUUCUGUCCCUGGAGGUCAAAUUGCAUCUGCUGCAUAGCUACAUGAAUGUGAAGUGGAUCCCACUGUCCUUUGAUGCACAGGCUCCUCUGGCGCAGCCCGAGUCCCCCACAGCUUCAGCUGGAGAUGAGCCUCGGUCCACACCUGAGUCUGGGGAAUCAGACAAGGAGUCCGUUGGCAGCAGUUCUACCAGCAAUGAGGGCAACAAGUGGAAAGAGAAGUCCAAGCGAGAUCGGGAGAAGGACAAGAAGAGAGCAGAUUCCGUGGCUAACAAACUUGGCAGCUUUGGCAAAACCUUGGGCAGCAAGCUCAAAAAGAACAUGGGAGGCCUGAUGCACAGCAAAGGCUCUAAGCCUGGCGGGGCAGGGACUGGGUCAGGGGUAAACAGUGGCACUGAGACACUGGAGAAAAAGAAGAAAAACUCACUGAAGAGUUGGAAGGGUGGCAAAGAAGAGGGAGCCGGGGAUGGGCCUGUGUCUGAGAAGCCCACAUCUGAGUCUGUUGGUAAUGGGGGAAGCAAGUAUAGCCAGGAAGUGAUGCAAAGCCUGAGCAUUAUGAGGAUCGCAAUGCAAGGGGAAGGGAAAUUUAUUUUUGUUGGAACGCUGAAGAUGGGUCACCGUCAACAGUAUCAGGAGGAGAUGAUCCAGCGGUACCUUGCUGAUGCGGAGGAGAGAUUCCUGGCAGAGCAGAAGCAGAAGGAGGCAGAGAGGAAGAUCAUUAAUGGAGGGGUAGGGAGUGGGCCUCCCCCAGCCAAAAAACCAGAGCCAGAUGGGGAGGAGCAGCUGACUGCGCCUGCAGGAGAAUCCAAGGCAAUGGCCUUUUCAACUGGCUACCCUGGGGGCUUUACCAUCCCUCGGCCUUCUGGGGGUGGAGUCCACUGCCAGGAACCCAGGAGGCAGCUGGCAGGGGGUCCAUGUGGGGGGGUGCUACCACCAUAUGCUACCUUCCCCAGACAGUGUCCUCCUGGGCGACCUUACCCCCACCAGGACAGCGUCCCACCUCUGGAGCCAGAUACUCACUCCAAGGAUGGAGUUCCCAGGGGCACACUGUUGCCACCCCGCUUCCGCGUGGCUGAUUCCUAUAGCAAUGGCUACAGGGAACCCCCUGAGCCAGAUGGAUGGGCUGGAGGUUCCCAGGGGCUUCCCUCAACCCAGACCAAGUGCAAACAACCGAACUGCAGCUUCUAUGGACACCCUGAGACAAACAACUUCUGCUCUUGCUGUUAUAGGGAAGAACUGAGGAGGAGGGAACGUGAACCUGGUGGGGAGCUACUGGUGCACAGAUUCUGAAUGGUGGGGCCUUGGAGGUCAAGGGGGCUAAAGAAAGUUAAGCGUGACUCAUUGGCUCAUCAAGGCCCAGCCCUCACGUUAAUGGGGCAAAUACAUAAAUGUUUGUGGGAGCCUGGCUGGGAACUUUUAAGUGUGCGAGCUGGAGUGCUGCCAGGCUGAUAAGAGCAGGUAGGGCUGGACGGUGCCCAGGGCUGUACUGCUUUGCAGAGCUUGAUUUGAUGGGACUAAGGAGACAUGAGAGAGUGGGAGAUGGUGAUUCCAUCUCACACCUUGGGUCUCAUCCCAGAACCUAAGGGAAAGCAGUGGGGAAGGUUUGGUGUGCGGGGUGGGAGGUGGGCUGAUGUCGGGGAGGUGUUACAGGUAAAGGAGGCUCUCAGGCAGUUAAAGACAAGAUUGACCAAAGUUCUCUUAGGUUUGAAAAAAACACAUGGUGAUGGAGUUGAGAGUGUAAUUGGACAGAUUUGCUAUUGAUUUUAGUAAGGUAUAAUUAGGAUUGGGUAAAUUCUGAAGGAUGUGGAAAGGCAAGGCAGAACUGUGUGUUCUUGGGUACUUGUUAGGAAAAGGAAGUAGUUAAAAUCCGUUUAUGAAGACAACAAAGGCAGGAACGUAAAAGGGCAUUCUUUUCCUCUGAAAUUUUGUUUCCUUCUGCAGUCAUCUGUUGUCCAUGCUAGUUUGAGAGGACACGCAGACUGCCCCUGUCUUUUCCUCAUCCUUUUUGAAGGCUGAGCUCAGCUAAAUUAAGAAGGGUAUGAUUUUUUAACACUUAAAUUUUAUUUUUUAAAAGUUUCCUCUGAGAAAAAAGACAGCAGUGAGAAGAACAGCUGUUUAUUUUGAAUUUUCUCCAGGUGAAUGGGUGCAGAGUGCUUUGUUUUUUAACUACUUAGCAAUAACCAUAAAUGGGUUAGAGCGUGCAGUACCUGGGGACAGGGUGGGGAAGGACACACAUUAGGCUAGACUGUUUGAAACCAAACCAAAAACCUACAUAAAGCACUACCAUCUUCUGCUGCUGUGUUUCUGUAGAAAGCAACUUAUUUUAUUGACUAAAUUUUUUAAGGAAAGAGACAAUAUCCCAACAAAAACAUUUUUAAAAAUUAUUAUUUUUUUUUCCUAUUUAAGUGAUUCUUUCUCCUUCCUCUCUACUUUUGGAGAAUGAACUUUAACAUCCCGGCUUCUUUUGUUAAGCCAUAGUUGACCUUAAUCUGUGGUUAGUUUAUUAAAAUAAUAAUAAUAAUAAAAUACUUUGUAAGAAAAGAUAUUUUUGAUAUUAGGACUGAUGUUGAAACAUAGACUGGGGGUUGGGGCAAUUUAUAAAAUGGUAGUUAAGAAAAAUAUAUUUUAGUGAACUAUAACCACAGAUCACAUAUUACUCCUGAUGAGCUGAUCUGUCUGGAUUUCUCUUUCCCCUGACUCAACCCUGUUUUCCAGGGGGUAGGGGUGGGGAUGUGAACACAGUAGGGGGAGCCCCUUUGCAUUUUGCACAAAGCACAAGUCUGGACAGCCUGUGCUCUGGCCAGAGCCGUUUCUAAGAGCUUUAAACCAGACCUAUCCUGGGCCAAUUAUUCUUUAUAUUUUUUUCUGCUGAAAAAUACAACAAACUAUGCAAUUAUAUACACUCCAGGGUGCAUAUAAAGAAGGGGAAUAAGUGCACUUAAGUGUCCAGAAUGUUACUGGGGGCUCUUUUUCUGUACUUGGGUUUCUGUGUUGAGGCUUGUAUUAAUCACCAUCCCAUGUAAUAUAAUCCCCAAUUCUGAUGCAGGGCACACACAGUGUGAGUGUGUGUGUGUGUGUGUGUGUGUGUGUGUAUGUGUUGGGGCACUUACUUGCAUGUGUUCCCUCUGCCCAGUCAGGAAAGUUUUCGUUUUCCCCUUGGUAAAAGCCAGCAAAGACCUUCUCACUGAAACUACUCAGUUUAGAAAGGUUCUUUUCUCCUUAACAGACUUGAAAGUCACUUUUUCCAAAUUUGCUGGUCUGUUGAUUUAAUCACUUCAUGUGGCUAUUAAUUCUUAGGGUUUUAGGGAAGGUUAGGCUCCACAGGAGGGGAUAUGUGUAUUUCUGGGCAGAGCCGGCAUCUGAGACAAGCACUCCCCAUAGUUGCAAAAUUUAAAAGGGCGCUUAGUAAUCAAGAUAAUACUUGAAAAAAAAAUUCAGAACUUUAAAAAAAUCAAUGCCAAAAAUCUAUGUUGAACACAGUAUCAAAAUUGUAAAGACAGGAUCAGAAUUACAAUGUGGGAAGCAAGGUUGGAUUGAGCAAAUAUAGGGAUGCUUCCUGUCUUUAUUUACACUUUUGAUACAUUGUUCAUCAUGAGACCCACAUUAAUUUUUAUUUGUAAUGUAUAUUGCACCAAAAUAGUGUUUAUCUUGGUUCAUGGGCUUUUAAGCAUCUCUCGUUUUGUACCCGAGGUGAAUGCCUUGUUCACAUCACCCUGAUCGUUCCCAUUUCUGGGGUUUGAACCACACUGGUGAGACCACUUCGUGAGCCUCCACCCCUUCUCCUGCACUCAGACCCACAUCCUGGAUGUGCACAGCUUGAUUCCCUCCCUCAGGACGUCACGGGAGGGGGCUGGCCUGGACCAAGAGGACUGGGAUCAGACCAGGGGUUUCCCAGAAUAAAAACCGGGGAAGGCGGUUCUCCCCUAGUCUGCGGUGUUUGAACUUGGAUCUGUUAUGAGAUUCUAGAUAACACUUCUGUUUUUAAAAACAGGACAGAUGAACAAAAACAGAAACCUUGUAUCAUGUUUGUUUUUAUUUAUAAAUUAUCAAAUUCCAAUUCCCUUUGCCCUCAAGAGGAAAAAGAUAGAAAUUUAGAGGAGGAGAAGGGAGUCCUGGGGUGAAUAUGAUUAGGGCUUUGGGCCCUUAAUAAAUUAUUUUUUACUUGAGAUGGUAACUAGUAAGGCUUUGGAAAACAUUCUAAGGAUGAGGGACUCUGAGACAAUGGAUAUUUUAAAAAUAGAGAAUAAUGACGUCUGCAUGAUUCUUUUGAGGAGGGUUAGUGUAGGAUGAGUUAAGGAAUAAUGCUUGGGAAAUCAAGGUAGACAAGGAUCGCUUUGUGGUAUUUUAGGAAGAUGAGGAAUGGGAUAAGCAGCCCUGUGCAGCAGCAUGUUGAGGACAAGGGAGAGAGUGUUACAUGCCAUGUACUCAGAAUAAAACUUCUUUGGUGCUGGGCGAGGUGGCGCACACCUGUAAAACAGCACUGGGGAAGCUGAGGCAGAAGGAUUGCUGCCAAUUACAAGGCCAGCCUAGGCUACAUAGUUCAAAGCCAGCUGGAACUACAUAGCGAAACCUUGUCUCAAAAAACCACAGAAAACUUCGUGGUUCAUGAGAGGUAUGUGAGUGAGGGGGGACUCUAUCCCUGGGGAAGUAUGACAUCAUCUCAGGCUUAAAUUUAAGUGCUCUUAGUUCCUUUAAUCCAGGGCAUCUGAGGUACCUACUGAAGUUCUUAAUGGAAAGGGGAGAUUUUCAGGGUUAUUUUCCCCCUUCUGUAACAGUGCUAUUCCUUCGUGCUAUAUUCUUUAUCCAGUUCCCAGUGGAGCAAAUCUACUACAGGGUAAGCUUCCAAAUCCUCUGCUGGUUUUAUUUAGGGCUAUAAGAGUCAACUAGAAGUCUCCCCUCAAUAAUAGAUAAUUAGGUUGUGUGUAUGUGUGUGUGUGUUACCAGGGAUCGAACUCAGGACCUUGCGCUUGCCAAGUAGGCACAGUGCCACUGAGCUACAUCCCUCGGCCGAUAAUUAGUUUUUUAAAGGAGUCUCAGCUGGGCAUGGUGGUGCAUGUCUGUAAUUCCAGCGCUUGGAAGGCUGAGGCAGGAUUGCCCUGAUUCAAGGCCAGCUUGAAGUACAUAGCAAGAUCCUGUCUCAAAAAAGAUUGAGUCUCUAAGGAGUAGGGAUGGUGUUAAACUCAGUGCUGUGCAGGGCAUUGGAAUGGACGUUGCCCUCCCCCCAAAGAAAAGCUCACAGACCAAUAAAACAAAAAGUAGCAGUAACUGUGCUGUAUCUUUGGGAAAUAAUAAGCCAGAAAGAAGGGAGUUGGUUGUCAAGGACUUAGGAGAACCUAGCUUUUACUGUUCUUACUCCUUUAAGCCACAUGGCCAAGGUUUCCGUCACAAUUUUUCUUAAUAAAGGAACAGUUCAGAGACGAUGUCUCUUGAGUUACUCUGA